AUGGAGAAGCUAACUGCAGAGGUUAAUUUAUGGUUCUUCGGCUUAGAGUCAAUGUUCUUCCUCCUCACUUUUUCUCGAAAACUCUGUUCAAAAAUCCUAUCUUUUCUCACAUCGCCUUCAAAGAACAUUCGAAGCAGAUCGGAGAACAGAGCAGAACCCAAAACAGAGGAUCAAAUCAGCAUCAGCACAGAAGACAUAACUAAAGUAAUGGAAACCUUAGGCCUCCCUUUCCAUGACAAUGAAUUCAUGAAGAAGACGGCAUGGAAGGCAGAAGAAAUUUCAGCUCUGUUUCAGGAUCAAGAACCCAGCUUGGAAGAAGCAAAGGAAGCUUUCUCUGUUUUUGACGAUAAUGGCGACGGCUUUGUGAAUGCAGAGGAGUUGCGGAGAGCUUUCUGUAAAUUGGGAUUUAGAGGAGGAGGGUUAGAGUUGGAUUCAUGCAAGAAGAUGAUUGAUUUAUAUGACGAGGAUGGAGAUGGGCUCAUAGGAUUUGAUGAUUUUGUUAAGUUGGCAGAGAGCAGCUUUUGCUAA